AGCAUCAUGUGAACUUGUCCAGAAGACCAAUAAGCAUCUCAAUUUUGAAGUCAAUUUACAAUACCAUAUACUUGGCUAAACUACACUGCAACCUACCCUUUUGUGUUCGUCAGAAUUUUUAAAUUCCAGUGCAAACUACACACAACUUCUCUCACCCUUACUUACUUUCUUGCUCUUGUGAACAUGGCUGCAUCAGUUGUUGGAGGAGCUUUCCUCUCUUCGUUUCUCAAUGUUCUUUUCGACAGGCUGUCUGAUCCUGAGAUCAUCAACAUGAUGCGAGGAAAGAAGGUUGACCAGAAGCUGCUUCAAAAGCUGAAGACCAUUCUAAACGUGGUUGAAGCUGUGCUGAAUGAUGCUGAGAAGAAACAGAUCACUGACUCUGCUGUCAAGAGGUGGCUCGAAGAUCUCCAAGAUGCUGUCUAUGAUGCUGAUGACUUGUUGGAUGAAGUCGCCACCAAAGCUGCCACUCAGAAGGAUCCACCAGGUAACUUCCUGUCUCGCUUUCUCAAUUUGCAAGAUAGGGAGAUGGUUACUAGGAUUGAAGACAUCAUUGCUAGACUAGAAGAUAUUGCAAAACACAAAGAUAUCCUUCGUCUAGAAAAGAUUGUAGCCAAGAACAUGUCUGGGAGAAUCGAAUCAACAUCUCUUGUUCAAAAGUCUGAUGUAUUUGUUGGUAGGGACCAAGACAGGGAGGAUAUAGUCAAAUUAUUGUUAGAUGAUACUAAUGAUGGUGAACUAUCUGUCAUCCCUAUCUGGGGUAUGGGUGGGAUCGGAAAAACUACUUUGGCUAAGUUGGUUUUUCAUGAUGACAAAGUGCAGCAAAAGUUUAAUGUUAGAGCAUGGGUUUGUGUUGGGGAAGAAUUUGAUGUUCUUAAAGUGACAAAGACUGUAAUAGAGGAAAUAACUUCUAGUCCCUGUGAUAUGAAUAGCUUAAACUCAGCUCAACAACAUUUAAGGAGUAAGCUAACAGGGAUGAAAUUCUUGGUUGUUUUGGAUGACUUUUGGAGUAACAAUUACACAGCUUGGGCAAAUUUUCUGAUUCCUUUUAGAUGUGGAAGUGAGGGGAGUAAGAUCCUUGUGACAACUCGUAGCGAAAAGAUUGCAAACAUGGUGAAAGGUUUUCAUUAUCAAGCCUACAAUUUGAGUGCGUUGAAUGAUGAAGAUUGUUGGGUAGUGUUUGCAAAUCAUGCAUUUCUUUCUGGAGAGCGUCUAGCUUUUGAAAAAGUUGCCAGAGAAAUUGUUAAAAAGUGCAAGGGAUUACCUCUAGCUGCUCAAGCACUUGGGAGCUUAUUAAGGUCCAAAGAUAAUGAAAAGGAUUGGAAUAAUGUUUUGAACAGUGAAAUUUGGGAAUUUUCUGAAGAGGAAAUUGAAAUUAUUCCUGCUUUGAGGAUUAGUUAUUACCACCUUCCUUCGCACUUAAAACGUUGUUUUGUUUAUUGUUCUUUGUAUCCCAAAGACUAUGAAUUUGAUAGAGAUGAAUUGGUGUUAUUGUGGAUGGCCGAGGGUCUUUUGCAACAGCCGAGGGGGGGAAGCACUUUAGAAGAAGUUGGCCAUGAAUAUUUUAGUGAUUUAGCAUCAAGAUCUUUUUUUCAACCUUCUCAUAAUGCUUAUGAAACUUCAUUUGUAAUGCACGAUCUGGUGCAUGAUUUAGCAACAUUCUAUGGUGAAAAGUUCUAUUUUAGAACCUUUGAAGUCAAGAAUGUACUCAAGCACGAUAUCAAAACUCGUCAUUUGUCGUAUGUUUUGCGCAACAAGGAUUCAGUCUCAAAGAUCCUGGAAGUAUGUGAUAGUUUAAAGCAUGCAAGGACAUUGCUGCAAGUCAAUUUGAAUACAUAUCAUCGAUUCUCAGAGGGAAUAGUCGUUCCUUGUGACUUACUAGAACAAUUGAAGUGCUUACGAGUUUUGUCAUUUAAAUUUUGUUCAGAUGAUGAAAACUUGUUGCAUCGUUCAAUUGGUGAAUUGAUCCAUUUGCGUUAUUUGGAUCUUUCAUACACAUCCAUCGUGACUUUGCCCGAGUCUUUAAGUUGCUUGUACAAUUUACAAACCUUGAAGUUGAGAAACUGUAGAAAACUUAAAAAGCUUCCUAGCAAGAUGCAAAAUCUUGUGAAUUUGCGUCAUCUUGAUGUUUUUGAAACUGGUUUGGAAGAGAUGCCAAAAAAGAUGAGUGAAUUAAAAGAUUUGCACUUUUUAAGUUGCUAUAUUGCGGGCAAACAUGAAGAGAAUGGGAUUGGAGAAUUGGGAGAGCUUGUACAUCUUCAUGGCUCAUUUUGUCUUACGAAACUAGAGAAUGUUAAGAAUAGUGGUGAAGCAUCGAAUGCAAGGAUGGAUGAAAAAAUACACCUGAAUGCUUUGGAAUUGAGGUGGUCAUCAUUUGAAGAAAGUGAGGUUUGUGAUUCCCAAAGUGAAAAAGAUGUACUUGACAAAUUACGUCCUCACAAAGACUUGAAGGAGCUAUUCAUCAGGUGUUACAGAGGUACGAUGUAUCCGGAUUGGGUAGGGCAGUCUUCGUACCACAACAUGACUUGGUUGGAGCUGAGUGGAUGCAGGAAUUGUUGGACGCUUCCUUCAGUUGGGCAGUUACCCUCUCUAACGAGAUUGGAGAUUUCAAAUUGUGAUAUGGUGAAGAUGAUUGGUGGUGAAUUCUAUAAGGCUGAUGCAACUCAGGAGACACCCUUCCGAUCCCUUAAAAUUCUUAUUAUUCAAAGAAUGCCUUGCUGGGAGGAAUGGGAGUCAUAUGAAUGUGAUGAUGAUGAUCAUGCGCCAUUUCCGAAACUUGAGAUUCUUUUAAUAGAGGACUGCCCUAAGUUAAGAGGAGAUUUGCCCACUUUCCUUCCGUCUUUGGAAUUAGUCCACAUUGUUAGAUGCGAGGAGAUUGGUUGUUAUCUGCCAAGAGCACCCAUCCUACGCAAAUUAAGAAUAGAUGGCAAACAGGAAGCAAGAAUACGGGAGCUACCACUUUCCAUGUUGAAGGAAGUAGAAAUUAAUGGAGAGCAGCAGGUGGAGUAUGUGUUUGAGGCCAUGACCCACACCCAACCAACCUCUCUCCAUUGUUUAAGAAUCUCAAAUUGCUCAUCAGCCAUAUCAUUUCCAGGGGAUUCUUUGCCCCCUUCAUUGAAAGAGCUAACCAUCGAGAAUUGCAAGAAUGUAGAAUUCCCAAUGCAACACCAACAACAUCACUCGCUACAGAGAUUAGAAAUACACAACAGCUGUGAUUCGCUUACAUCCUUGCCAUUGCCAGCGUUCACAAAUCUCAAGUAUCUCACAAUCGCAAGACGUGAAAAUUUGACAUCUCUGGAGGUGUCACAGUCACAGGCCCUCCAACAAUUAAUGGUUGCAGAAUGCCCUAAGCUGGAGAACAUAGUAAGGCUGCCUGCCUCUUUAAGUCUACUCUACAUCAACAAAUGUCCGUUGUUGGGUGAAGGCAUAGAGAGGAAGGACCCCCACAUUUGGCCAUCCAUUUCCCACAUCCCUCAAAUUUAUGUCAAUUGGAGACGGAUUGGCAAUGAGUCAACAUCUUAAAAGAGGAAUUAGAGAAUGUUAAGAAUAGUGGUGAAGCAUCGAAUGCAAGGAUGGAUGAAAAAAUACACCUGAAUGCUUUACAUUUGAUAUGGUCAUCAUUUGAAGAAAGUGAGGUUUGUGAUUCCCAAAGUGAAAAAGAUGUACUUGACAAAUUACGUCCUCACAAAGACUUGAAGAUGCUAAGCUUAUGGGGUUACAGAGGUACGAUGUUUCCGGAUUGGGUAGGGCAGUCUUCGU